AUGACAAUCCCGGAGAGCGGCCCCGACCCGGCGCAUGUGGCCGACAUCCCCGGCCGGUCCAUGCUGAUCCUCUACGGCUCAGAAACCGGAAACAGCCAGGACAUCGCCGAAGAGCUGGGCCGAAAUGCCCAGCGCCUGCACUUCAAGACCAAGGUCGACGAGAUGAACGGAGCUCAACUGAGUAUGCUAUUGCAGUAUACUCUGGUCGUCUUCGUCAUCUCGACAACAGGUCAGGGAGACAUGCCGCGCAACUCAAUUGCCUUCUGGAAGAGUUUGCUCAGGAAGAAGUUGCCACCGGGGUGUCUUGGUGCCGUCAAGUUCACGACGUUUGGUCUUGGCGAUAGCAUGUACAUCAAGUUCAACUGGGCAGCAAGGAAGCUUCACAAGCGGCUUGAACAGCUCGGGGCCCAAGAGUUUUACCCACGCGGGGAGGCGGACGAGCAAGACUCAGAUGGCGCCGACGAGAGGUAUAUGCCUUGGGCCGCGGAUCUACAGAAGAAGCUCCUCGAAACAUUCCCGCUCCCGGAGGAUCUCUCACCUAUCCCGGACGAUGCUCUCCUGCCUCCGAGAUAUAGUAUCUCCUUGGCGGAUACUCCAGGCGCAGCCAAAACCCCGAGCGACCUCAACGGCCAUGCUAAAGAACAACAACCCGAAUUCCAGACAUCCAUCGAUAGCCUCACCGAGAAGACGGACUCCCUGGAAAUAAGCGACACACCACCAACUACUCUCCUUCCAAUCACAGCCAGCCAAACGGCAACUCUCACCUGCAACGACCGCGUAACCCCCUCAACACACUUCCAAGACGUCCGCCAAAUCACCCUCUCCCUCCCCGGCAACCCUCCAAUAAACCCGUUCGACAGCCUGACAAUCUUUCCCAAAAACUUCCCCCAAGACGUCCAAAAGCUAAUCGACCUAAUGCACUGGUCCCCCGUGGCCGACCUCCCGCUCUCCAUCCCCUCCGACCUCCCGCGCGGCCUCUUCGUCGACGCCGACAGCCCAGUCACCCUCCGCCACCUGCUCACCCACAACCUCGACAUAACCUGCAUCCCCCGCCGCAGCUUCCUCAAGGAGAUGUCCUACUUCACCACCGACGAGUACCACAAGGAGCGCCUCCUCGAGUUCACCAUGAGGGAGUACACGGACGAGUUCUACGACUACACCACCCGCCCGCGCCGCACCAUCCUCGAGGUCCUGGAGGAGUUCACCUCGGUGAGGAUCCCCCUCCGCAGGGUCCUCGACAUGUUCCCCGUCAUGCGCGGCCGCGACUUCAGCAUCGCCAGCGUCGCACACAACCCCGACGACGGCACAACCAGCGCCGCGCUGCUCGUCGCCCUCGUCAAGUACAAGACCAUCCUCCGCAAGACCCGCCAGGGCCUCUGCUCGCGCUACCUCGAGUCCCUCCCGACCGGCACGCCCCUCCGCGUCACUGUAAACCACAGCUCCGCCUCCCUCCACGGCCCCGCCAACGCCCGCAGGCCUCUGGUCGCCGUCGCCACCGGCACGGGCGUGGCCCCGCUCCGCCUCUUCGUCGAGGAGCGCCUCUCGCACGAGCACACGGGCGACACGGCCAUCUUCUUCGGCAACCGCAGCCGGCACGCCGACUUCCACUUCCGGGACGUCUGGGAACGUCUCCGGAGCGCCGCCGACAAAAGACUCGACGUCCACACGGCCUUCUCCAGGGACAAGGACGCGCCCCGCGAGUACGUGCAGGACGUGAUCCGCAAGCGCCCCGCCGAGGUCCGGGCGAUGGUCUCUUCCGACGCCAUCUUCGUGGUCUGCGGCGGCAGUCUGAAAAUGUCGCGUGCCGUCAAGGAGGCCGUCAAGAGUUGCCUGGCCGGGGACAAGGACUCGUAUCCCGACGAGGCGGCGGUGGAGGCUGCUUUUGCAAAGUUGACCUGGUGGGAGGAGAUUUGGUAG